CUCAAAAGAACCAUCCCAAACACGCUCAGACUACUGAGAAGCUAGCUGUAGCAAGCAGCUCAUAGCACACUUGAAGCUAUAGCUAGCUAAUAGAAAUGGCGCCAUCAAAGCUUGCCCUGUUCCUCGCCCUGACUGUCCUCACCUCCGCGGCGGCAGUGCACGGCUGUACGUCGUCUUGUCCUACCCCACCAGUGGUUCCCACCCCGCCGGUCGUGCCGACGCCAUCCGGUGGUGGCGGCUCCUGCCCAAUCAACGCACUGAAGCUGGAGGUGUGCGCCAAUGUGUUGAACCUCCUGAAGCUCAACAUCCCUGUCACGGGGAACGACCAGUGCUGCCCGCUGUUGCAGGGGCUCGUCGACCUUGACGCCGCAGUCUGUCUCUGCACUGCUAUCAAGGCCAAUGUCCUCGGCAUCAACCUCAAUGUGCCCAUCGACCUGAGCCUCCUCCUCAACCACUGUGGCAAGAUCUGCCCUGCAGAUUUCACCUGCCCCAAUUAGCCGGCGAAUGAAACAUUCCACACGCCCAUGCAUCAUCUGAAUCUUCAUCCAUCCACUGCGAUCGUGGGCACCUAUCACCUAUGCGGUCGGUCUGUGUGUUGGUUUGCAUCAGCAUGCACCCAUAUAUGUGUUCUCUUCUGUUCGGGUUUUGAGUGAUGCAUGGCUCAGGAGAGGUGAUGUGUCAUGCAAAUUGUUGUUCUUGUUCAUUCGAACAAUAUGUUAUGUUUGCCUGUAACUUCAUCAUAUACGUGAAAUAAAAGUUUAUACAAGUUGUGUCGA